AUGCCGCUCACCGCUCAGGGCGCAGUAGUGACUACUCGUGACUGCACGCACAUUGCGCCGUCGACGCAGGAGUCGUACAUCGACGUUGGAGGCACAGGAUUGGCGGGAAUGCACGCAUGGCACGCUCGCUUGCGCUCGCACCGCGACUUUACCGCCGUCCACGUUAAUCUCGCGCUGUCGAUGCUCGGCGUUGGUAGCAGCACCCUCGAAGGCGAACACACCACGCGCUCUCCAGCUCUGGACCUUACCCCCGAGCCCUACCGCGCGCCAUCCUCGCGCUAUCGGAGGCCCGACGGACAAGUCUGUUCGGCGGAGACCUGCGAGCGACAUGAUGACACGAUGAAACUCCCUCGCCCAAUCAGCGUCGACCCACGCGUCAUGAAACUCUGGCCGCUCCCUCUAGGUCGUGCUCGCGGACUCCACCUGGACACGACCAUCGAGCCCUUAAAGACUUGCGGGACCACGCCGCGACCUCGACAUCUUCGCACAACCAACAACGGGUAG